AUGGACAGUCGACGUCGUUCAGACACGAGCACUCCCGUCGAGGGUGGCUCUCCAGACUUUGUGGACACUCCAGCAACACAGGCUUCGGACCUCUUCGAAAAUUUCAAUGAGUUGUUGCAAAGACUCCCCAUCGAAAGCCCUUACAUUCUGGUGACGGGCGGGUUGGGCUUCAUUGGUAGCCAUACGACAUUGGAACUGCUCAAAGCCAGUUAUAAUGUCAUUGUCAUCGACAACCUAAGCAACGCGUUUGAGAAUGUUCUUGACCGCAUCGAUCUCCUGGCCCGGAAGUUCCAUGAAGAGAAUGGAACCGAAAUGCCCAAAUUGCGAUUGCAUGCUCAUGAUUACCGAGACACAUCCGCUCUGCAGUCUCUUUUAGAAGAGUACCAAGUCCCUUCAAGAUGGGGAGAAGCAAAGUCUAAGAUUGCAGGUGUCAUUCACUUUGCCGCAUACAAGGCAGUGGAAGAGAGCAUCCGGAAUCCAUUGAAGUAUUAUGCCAACAAUGUGAGCGGGUUGAUUGAUUUUGCAUCAAUUCUUGGAGAUUUCGGGAUCAAGACAUUCGUCUUCUCGUCUUCUGCCACUGUUUACGGCACUCUGGCCACUUCCGGUCUGCCACUUAAAGAAGAGCUUUGUGUUCACAAGAAGCAAGUAUACACCGACAAAAAAGGAUCCACUCAAACUCUUCAGCCUGGUUGUACUGGUAUCACCAACCCUUACGGACGCACCAAGUGGAUCGGCGAAGCCAUCCUUGCCGAUAUUGCUGCUGCUGAUUCAGAAUGGACCAUUGUGGCUCUUCGAUACUUCAACCCCGUCGGAUGUGACCCGUCCGGUCUAUUGGGCGAGGACCCACGGCAAAUUCCAACAAACCUUCUUCCAGUGGUCGUCAAGGUCAUGACUGGCCAGUAUGAGGAGUUGUCCAUGUUUGGAACUGACUGGGAUACCGAGGAUGGCACGGCUGUCCGGGAUUUCAUCCACGUCACUGAUUUGGCCCAGGGUCACAUUGCAGCCCUCAAAUCUGCCAACGAUGGUCAGCUAAAUGAAAAUUUCCGCACCUUCAAUCUGGGUACCGGUUCAGGGCACUCUGUACUAGAGGUGGCCAACACCAUGGAGGCUGUCACCUCAAAGCCUAUUCCCAGGAAAGCUGCACCUCGCCGUGCUGGUGAUGUGGGGUCUUGCGUUGCUGUUGUUGACCGAUCUCAAGAAGAGCUUCAGUGGAAGACAGACAAGUCUUUGAAGGAUGCUUGUGAAGAUAUUUACAAUUUCUUGAACGUCAGUGGCCUGUCUUCAUAG